AUGUCCCAGCGGGGCCUGGUCACGACGAAGCCCCCACAUAUGAAACGGGCCGACUUCUGGGCCGAGACCGCGAAGCAUCGCUUCGUGGCCUCGCCGCCGGGCGCCGGGAUGGACAGCCACCGUACCUGGGAGGUGAUCGCAUUGGGCGGCAUCCCGCUCGUGGGGCCGUCCCUGCGCAGGCUGUACACGGACAACCAUUUCAACGUUGUGAUGCUGGAGGCGGACGAGUGGAGGAAUCUCUCGUCCCCCGCCGUGCAGAGGAAGAUGGGGGAGGCGGUCGCCAGGCACACGGGCGGCAUCCCGCCUGCCAUCAGGGAGCAAAAUGUACUGGGUCGACAAGAUCAGGAGCCCCGCCUGAACAGGCGCCAGGCCUGA